AUGAAAAUUGACAAUCUUUCGGGGACCCGGUGCAUGCAGAUUUUCAUCAGAGGGAAAUGGUAUGUUUUCAGUCCAGAUGUGAUUAAUGAGUAUUAUGGUCUGAAGGUUGUUGAUGAGGAAGAGAUUACGGAUUGGGAUUUAGUUGCAAAGACUCUUACUGGUGGUCAGACUCCUGUAUGGCCUACAGGUGAUGUUGAUACUCUGUCUAGCUCGAAGCUCACCUCCAAAUAUGUUAUUCUGCACCGUAUUGCCUUACACAAUUGGCUACCUUCUGCACACUUCCAUAUGGUUGGCAAGCAACUGGCUGCUCUUCUAUUUCGAAUUGGCACCAAAAUGACCAUUGAUCUAGGAAAGUGGAUCUUCUAUUAUUUCCUCAUUUUGAUCCAUUCGAGGGAACAGAAGGUACGACUGCCUUAUCCUAAUCUCAUUUUUGGAGUUCUGACAACGCAGGGCCUGGUCCCAAUGCCAAGCGAGAUUAUCUGUCCAACUCUGCUCUACACUGUUGAUCCACGUCUAUUGACUGGCAAGCACAUCCGAGAUGUUACACCUGUGGCUGCGCCUCCAUCCUCUGAUGCUGACACUCAUGUUGAUGACUCGCCACAUGCGAGGGACGUUCAGCUUUCCCUUCGAUUGAAGGCUCGGGUGUCUGAGUUGGAAACUGUUAAUGGAAUCAUUGCGAAGCAGCUCACAGCAGCCCGUACUGAACUUGCAACUGUUCUACUUCGUCUGAGCCUGACUGAGUCUGCUGCUGCUGAGAAUGUGAAGUCCGACAGUGAUGAACCCUAG